CCGUAGUCCGGCGGCGCUGGCGGCGCCAUGGCGGCGGCCGGGACCCCCGCGGGCGGCGCGGGGCGCUCGAAGGUGGCUCCGAGCGUGGACUUCGACCACAGCUGCUCGGACAGCGUCGAGUACCUCACCCUCAACUUCGGGCCCUUCGAGACGGUGCACCGCUGGCGCCGCCUCCCGCCCUGCGAUGAGUUCGUGGGCGCCCGGCGCAGCAAACACACCGUGGUUGCGUACCGGGACGCCAUCUACGUGUUCGGCGGGGACAACGGGAAGACGAUGCUGAACGACCUGCUGCGCUUCGACGUGAAGGAUUGCUCGUGGUGCAGGGCUUUUACCACGGGGACCCCGCCUGCACCGCGGUAUCACCACUCGGCUGUGGUCUAUGGGAGCAGCAUGUUUGUGUUCGGUGGUUAUACUGGAGACAUUUAUUCCAAUUCCAAUCUGAAGAAUAAAAACGAUCUCUUUGAAUAUAAGUUUGCAACCGGACAGUGGACAGAGUGGAAGACUGAAGGAAGGCUGCCGGUGGCAAGGUCGGCUCACGGUGCGACGGUGUACAGUGAGAAGCUGUGGAUCUUUGCGGGAUACGACGGCAACGCGCGGUUAAAUGAUAUGUGGACAAUUGGGCUCCAGGAUAGAGAGCUAACGUGUUGGGAAGAGAUUGAGCAGAGCGGUGAGAUCCCUCCUUCGUGCUGCAAUUUCCCUGUGGCUGUGUGCAAAGACAAAAUGUUUGUCUUCUCGGGGCAGAGCGGAGCAAAGAUCACCAACAAUCUCUUUCAGUUUGAAUUCAAGGAAAAAAUAUGGACACGGAUCCCCACUGAGCACCUCCUGCGGGGCUCCCCGCCCCCCCCGCAGCGCCGCUAUGGUCACACCAUGGUUGCCUUUGACCGGCACCUCUACGUGUUUGGUGGUGCAGCAGACAACACCCUGCCCAACGAGCUGCACUGCUAUGAUGUGGACUCACAGACCUGGGAGGUUAUUCAGCCCAGCCCCGACAGUGAGUUGCCCAGCGGGCGGCUCUUCCAUGCUGCAGCUGUUAUCUCAGAUGCAAUGUACAUCUUUGGUGGGACGGUGGACAACAACAUCCGCAGUGGGGAGAUGUACAGAUUCCAGUUUUCCUGUUACCCAAAAUGUACUCUGCAUGAAGAUUAUGGAAGGCUGUGGGAAAACAGGCAGUUCAGUGAUUUGGAGUUUGUUUUGGGAGAGAAGGAGGAGCGGGUCCGAGGACACACUGCAAUUGUGACAGCCCGCUGCAAGUGGCUGAAAAAGAAAAUCAUGCAGGCGAGGGAGAGGCUGAAACAGAAAUCAAAGCAAGAUAUUGAAGAUGAGGGGCACGCAGCGUGUCAGAAGGAUGGCAUUGGUGGGAAUGUCAAACUGUGCCGCCUGCAGCCGCUGCUGGAGGUGCCCAUCCGAGAGGCUGAGGCUCAGCCCUUCGAGGUGCUCAUGCAGUUUCUGUAUACGGAUAAAAUAAAAUACCCUCGCAAAGGCCAUGUGCAGGACGUGUUACUCAUUAUGGAUGUGUACAAACUAGCCUUAAACUUCAAGCUCUCUCGCCUGGAACAGCUCUGCCUUCAGUACAUCGAAGCAUCUGUAGAUCUGCAGAAUGUGCUCAUUGUGUGUGAAAAUGCUAACAAGCUUCAGCUGGAUCAGCUAAAGGAGCACUGCCUGAACUUCGUGGUGAAAGAAUCACAUUUUAAUCAGGUCAUAAUGAUGAAGGAGUUUGAGCAUCUUUCUUCAUCCCUCAUAGUGGAGAUUGUCCGGAGGAAGCAGCAGCCUCCUGUUCGAACGCACUCCGACCAGCCGCUCGACAUCGGAACGUCUUUGAUUCAGGACAUGAAGGCUUACCUGGAAGGAGCUGGGAUUGAAUUCUGUGAUAUCAUCCUUCUCUUGGACGGCCACCCACGACCAGCACACAAGGCCAUCCUUGCAGCCCGCUCCAGUUACUUUGAAGCCAUGUUCCGUUCCUUCAUGCCUGAAGACGGGCAAGUGAAUAUUUCUAUAGGUGAAAUGGUUCCCAGCAAACAAGCUUUUGAAUCCAUGCUUCGAUAUAUUUAUUAUGGAGAAGUAAACAUGCCUCCUGAAGACUCCCUCUACCUCUUUGCUGCACCUUACUAUUACGGCUUCUCCAACAACAGACUGCAAGCAUACUGCAAGCAGAAUCUGGAAAUGAAUGUUACAGUGGAGAACGUGCUCCAGAUUUUGGAGGCAGCUGACAAGACCCAGGCCCUGGACAUGAAGAGGCACUGCCUGCACAUCAUUGUUCACCAGUUCACCAAGGUCUCCAAGUUGCCAAACCUCCGCUCCCUGAGUCAGCCACUCCUCCUUGACAUCAUAGAGUCGUUAGCUAACCACAUCUCAGACAAGCAGUGCGCAGAGCUGGGCUCAGACAUAUGACAUGCUUUAUAGUGGGACGUCCCGUUUCUUCCUCCAGAACAGCCGUACCACUUUGUGGCUGCUUUUACUCCUUUAGCAUUCCGUGCUGAGCUGCUCGCAGCGUAGCAGGCAGCCAGGAGGAGCGUGGACAGCCGGCACUGCGAGGAUGUGCUUGGUUUGUGCCCUGGUGGAGAAGGGUUUGGUCUCUGCUACACAGAUGUAACACUGCAGCCAUUAAGGAAAUGAAUCCAUCCCAGGUGGUUCUGAGGGCUUUCCCAGUCCUACUUGUAUAGUGUGAAAGCAGCCCUGAGUAAAGGAGUCGUUCCUAUGUUGAAGAAGUAUUUAAAACAAACAGUAUUAAACAAACUUCACCUGAAACAGCCAUGGGCUGCAAGUGGAGGUCAGGCAUUACAGAGGUGGAAGCAGAGAGUGGUUGCAGUGGGGAUGCUGAUGUUGGACCAGGAUGGAGUGACUUUUUUGGGACUCCCUGUGGCGUGGAUUAAAAGUUAAGCCCUGUUGCAACUGCCUUGAUUGGUGGGCUGCAGAAAGUGCAGGGCUCUGCUCUGCUGCAGGUCAGACUAGAAGAUUACGGUCCUUUCUGACCACCAAAUCCAUUAAUCCUAUCUCACUAAGCCUUUCUAAAUCAAUAUAUUAAUAAAGAGUUAACGUCUCCUGCCUGCA